AUGUACAGAGCUCCAAUAUAUCCACAUAAACUCUCAUCCACUGACUAUUUACUCAUUCGCUCUUCAAAGGGAAAGCUCUCAUUAAGACGCAUUGACCGGAUUUACGUUGUUGGUCAACAGGAGCCUCACAUGGAGGUGAUGUCCCCUGUAUCAAAAGGUGUUCAGAUGUAUAAUAUGAAUAGGCUUAUGGUGUUCAUGUAUCGUGAGUUUCGUGCUCUUCAAAAAAAUGGCUUGACACCUGCCAUUCGUGCCAAUGAGUUAUCUACACAGUUUGCAAAUGUAGCUGAAGUUUCUUUAAGAAAGAGGUUAAAGUUAUUCUGUGAUUUUCAGGUGUGUGCUUUUGAAAGCAUGCUAGCUGGAAUGUGCAGACUUAAACGUCUAGGAAUCAGCAUGACUCAUCCAUCUGGUCUCUUCUCUGCAAUGAAUCAGCACCCUGAUAAAGCAAUAGCUUUAGCUGCUGCUUCCCACAUCGAGAGAGAAUUACAAAUAACUCCCUGGAAUUGA